UGUACCAUAUUUUACAUAUGCAAGAAGAACAUGGCAAUUUUCAAUUGUGGGUAACUAGAAAUGAGAUUGGAGAGAGAGAGUAGACAAACAACAUGGCGCAGGCGCUGAUAACCAGGUCUCUCUUUAUUCCUACUCCACUCUGCCCUCCAAUCGCAUCAGCUUUAUUUACCCAAAAAAACAGAACAAAAACAAAAACGCAUCAGCUUUUCUCUAGAGAAGAGAAGACCCAACUCACUGUGGCCCACUCCUGUUGUGGAGGAAGUGAAAAGUUGAGAAAGAAAUUGGAUUGGAAAAGCUCAAAAAUGAUGUGGGUAUUUGGGUAUGGCUCUCUUAUCUGGAAGACUGGUUUUAACUACGAUGAGCGCCUCGUCGGCUUCAUCAAAGGCUAUCGCCGUGUCUUCUAUCAAGGCAGUACGGACCACAGAGGGACGCUUGAGUAUCCAGGAAGAACAGUGACAUUGGAACCUGCAGAGGGAGAAGUUUGUUGGGGAGUUGCCUACAGGAUCUCAAAUAAGGAAGAUCAAGAAGUUGCUUUAACGUAUUUAGAAGUGAGGGAGAAGCAGUAUGACAAGAAGGCUUAUCUUGAUUUCUUCACCGAGCCAAAUGCUACAACUCCAGCUGUUUCAGAUGUAAUGGUAUACAUUGCCUCUUCAGACAAGAAACAUAAUGUGAACUAUUUGGGCCCUGCAUCCAUUGAAGAGAUUGCCAAACAAAUUAUUCAAGCUGAAGGCCCCUCAGGGCCUAAUAGAGACUACCUGUUCCAACUUGAAGAGGCCCUUCUUCAAUUUGGAUGCAAAGACGCUCAUGUAAUGGAUCUUGCAAGCGAAGUGAGGCGCAUCCUUUCAGAGAGGGAGCUGACCUCAACAUGAAGCCAUGAACAAAGAAGCGUAUUGAUUUCACAGGUCCUCCAACAGAGCAAUUAUUCAUAUAUGAAUCUGUUAGGAAACUGAUUUUUUGUGUAACCUUUGUUGAUUAAUUCUGGAUGGCACUGUGAUAUCCAUCAUCCUCAAUUCCUCAUUUCUAAACUCUUGUUCAUGUUGAAUUGUUAGACGUGACGCGAGUCAUCCAAUUAGUAGAAACUGUUGAAUGACAGUUUUAAGGGCUCCCAUGGACCAUGAGAAUGACAGUUAGCUUGACAAUUCUACGUUGCCAAGGUUCACUACCCGUUUUGAGUGUAAAUUGACAGUGCGACAGUUCUAUUCACAAAUAGAUUACUGGAUAUGAGUUUCACUU